AGUUGGAGCGCACUGCUGUUUACUCACUAUACAGUCCAUGUGAAAGAAAAGUGAACUAAGAACAGGACGACAACCGGUACGGUCGGUCAGACAGACAGACAGCAGGAGCCGGUCAGUCAUUAUGGACCCUUACAACAACCAGAGAGACACUAGAAAGCAGCUGAACAGGACCGGCUCUGACCCCCUCAGAGACAGCCACCCAGGUGUCCCAGCUAACGAGCAGACCGCUGACAAUCCCCACCGAGAUGCACCUGAAGGCGGGAGAGCUCCAGCGACAGACAGACAGCCACAGUACUCAGGUGGAUUCACCGUGAUCCCACCGAAUGAAUCCCGGCGAAACAAGAUUAAAUCGAUGGCUCAAAAAGAAGCGGAGGAUCUUGAGAGAUGGAAAGAGGCAAACAGACCCCAGCCUGUGCACCUGAAUCCAGAGAGACUGGGUGGGAAUGUUACACUGGCUGAAGCCCGGCAGAGGCAGCAUACAGACUUCCGUUGCACCAAACUGCAGAAGAAGCUGAGAAAAGAGGAGCUGGACAGGAGGAGGAGACAAGAAGAGGAGGAGGAGUUGCAGAGGAAGAAAGCCCAGCAGAGGGAGCUGGCUGAGCGCCAGGAGGAGAGGAAGCGACAGGAGGAGCAGAGGAGGAGGGAGCAGCACAAGCAGGAUCACCUCAGGACAACUGAGACUUUCCUGCAGAGGGUUGAGAGGAGAGCCCCGGGUCCGCCAGCAUCCGGCAGUGCCACACACACGUCAUCUAGGAGCGAGGCUGUGGCGGGUAAACAGAGAGAGAAGGAGUCAAAAAGUGUGAGAGAAGUACAGCUAGAACAUAAGAGGGUGAACUCUGCCUUUCUGGACAAACUCGUGGGUCGAGGCAGAGAGAGGGAGAGGGAGACAAAGGGGGAAGGCACUCAAGAGGCAGAGUAUCCCUGUUUUGCCUCUGAAGACUUUGGACACCAGCCGCUGAAUACCCCAGGACAACAACGGCCCCUCACUCACCUGGACCCAGCUCCAGAACAGAGCUGCUCCAGUUGGACGGAGGAGGCAGACCCAGAGCCUGACUAUGACUGGGCCUUGAUGAAACUGAUGAACAGCUUUCCAGACUGCUCCAAGGUCUUCCUAGAAGACAUCCUUAACCAGUGCAACGGAGAUUAUGAGCAGGCCUACACACUACUCAUCAGCGCACUAAGUUGAAUUGUGUGUAUCUUUACUGAUAGGACUGUCUUUCCUCUUAAUAUUGUGUUUGACACUUUGGGAGUCGUUCCAAAUGAAAAUGUAGAACCGGUGUUCAGAUGAUAAAGAAUAGCUAGAAGUAAGUUAUGUACCUUGGUGGUGGAUGAAUGUAAAUAGCUAUGCUGCCUGCACCACACAACUGCAUUAAAUAUAUACAGUACCUAGAGGGCAGUAUGUGCUUCUUUGUAAUCUGUUUUUGAUUAUGCCAUUAAUCAUUGAGUGUUUGGUGUCUUGUAUCUGUCUGCAUGCACCAGUGAGUCAUGUCGGGUUUUUGCCCUGACAUGGAGUUGAAUUGAUGUUCGUUUUCACCAGUUUAGUUGAAGGUCAUCGCCAUGACUCAUAAUCUUAAGAUCAUAUUUGGGGUUCCUAAUUGAAUCAGUAUGUGCAGAUGGAAGAGAGCUCUAUCCAAAUACAUGAUGCUUUUUGUUUGUUCUAUAAUCAAAGUCGUAUGUGAUGUAUCUAUAGCAGGAUUUUUCAGGACAACAAAAGAUGCAAAUCAAAAUGGGAUUUUCUGUAGAGAGGCCUUUUAUGACAGUUCAUAGUCACAAUAGCUUUAGAGGUCUUCAAUAAAACACCUU